CUUUGAGCGGAUACCUGAAAGAACGAAACGCGGAGGGAAAGACUGUAUGCAUGCUUCUGUACAAAAAGCCCAGGCAUAGCACUGGUUUCGUGCUCUCUGGGCCAAAACCGGUCGCACAGCAGCGACGGUGAAUCUCGCUGCAAUUUUUCUCCGAAACAUGAUCAAACGGGUUACGGUGCACACGGGCCGUCGCGCGAGGAAGAGAAAAACCCAGAAGAGGAAAAGCUGGGAAAUAAAAUGGUAGCGCAGAUAGAAAAUCAGCACAUGAACCGGGUGCAGCAAAGUGGUGGUGGUGGAUGAAGUCUUUACUGACCUGAACUUCAAGAUGAAAAUAUGCCCUUGUACGAGGUCGUACUGAGCUAUUUAGUAUGCUGCACCGACAAUAAUUUUAUAUGUAAUUGUGUUUCGGAUGACAUUAGCAAGUUGCUGAGAUGUUAUCCUGCCCUUGAGAAGUAGAUGUGAGAGUCUAUUAACAAUUGC